AUGUCUGAUCUAGAAUCGGAAUCAGCUUCAGAUUCAGGUCCAGAAUCUGAAAAUGAUGUUCGAGCACCACCACCAUUAGCUGCAUCGGUACUUUUAGAAAAAACUUCAAUAGUACCCCCACCUCCGCCUCCUGAGAAGGUUAGUAUUCGAUUAGUUUCAAUUGGAUCUACUCCGUCAGUAUCACCCAAUGUGAUUCGAAUCUCAGGAGACCGUUCCAUGGCUGCUGUGGGACAAUUUCUUCGAAAACGUCUACGUCUGAAAUCUGUUCAUUUGUAUAUUCAAAACACUUUUGAGCCUGGACCAGAUGAACUGGUUCAAGAUUUGUUUAAUUUAUUUAAAACCAAAAAUGAAUUGAUUGUUAGUUACUGUUUACAAGUUGCAUUUGGGUGA